CGCAUUGCCCGCAACGUGUGCAUUCCGUAUUUAGUGUAUGUAUUGGAUUUCCUACAUGUGUUCCCUUGAUUGACAAGUGAAGUGAGAUAUUUUUCUAGCUUAUUCUUACUAUUACCAGACUACAUAGUAGUCAAGAUGAGGCUAACCACAACUUUACUUAGACGAACAGACUAUUGGGACAGAUUUGUACAUCGACUGGUCAGACAGACAAUUGGACAAGGCCGGUACAAACCACUAAGGGGCUGGAAAGAAUGGAACAAAGAUUGGCAUUUUACUAAAUUUGGACCCACACACCCAAUAGAGCUGAGUUUAAAUAGGAUAUUCCACUACAGGAAGAAACCAGAAGAUUACAUUCUGCCAUACUAUGAACCCUAUAUUUUUGAAAAAGACAUGGUUAUGUGUAUGGUCGGUAAAGACCGGGGUAAGAUUGGAAGUGUGGCCCAUGUGUAUAGAGAUGUCAAUGAAGUGGUUGUGGAAAACAUCAAUGUGAGAUAUGAAUUGAUAAAUGAUAUCCCCAUCAGCAGACAAAUCCCACUGAAAAUUCCUGAUGAGAUCAAAUUAGUUGACCCCACGGACAAGUCACCAACAGACAUUGUGUGGAGAUAUCUACAGGAUGGAUCUAGAGUUCGUGUCUCAAAGAAAACUGGCCGUAUAAUUCCCAUUCCUGUGAACGAGGAUCAGAAGACAAUUGGAGAUGAGAUUGCUAUAAAUUCAUAUGCUGCCAACAAAGAUAAAGACACAGUCAAAGAUUUAGUGAACAAAGUGACAUUCGAACCCAAAUUAAAAACAUUUGAACAGGAUAUAAUGGAUCAGAUGGAUAUAAAGGAGGAACGUAAAUAUAGACCAACAUUCUGGUACUAAACAGUACUAAGAAGAAGUGCAACAUAUUCAAAUACACAAUAAAUUGGGGGAAAACACACAA